UCCUCGUCGAUAAACGUCUUCUCUGUCUGCGCUCUGGAUGUGAGCACUGAGGACUGAGGCUGGAUCUGUUGCUGUGUCACCUUCACUGACUGUUAGUUUCGGCUUGGCAGUUACAAGAAGUCACAUGACGGCAGAAGCGCCACUAACACUCAGCGACAGAGGCGAGAGAAGCGAAACAGCCCGCACACAGAAACAUCACGAAAUGGGGAAAAUCUACCAAGUCAUGGUUCAUGGACUGAGAGGCGAGAAGAUGAUCAUCGACCUGUGCAACACUGAGGAGCAGAUGCAGAGCAUGACAGUGCUGCAACUGAAGGAGAAAAUCGCGCAGAGGCUUCCCGACACCGCAGGAGAGGAGGCCCUGCGGCUCAUCUUUACAGACAAGAUGCUGGACGGAGACUCCUCGCUGCUGUCUGAAUAUGGAAUCCAGCACAUGUCCGUCAUCCAGAUGGUGGUGAGGGUUCCUGGAGGACUGAUCGCCUGAAAGAGACCAUCUCCUUCUAUCGCCACCACCAGUGCCACUGAUGAAAACUGUUUACAUAUGUUCCAGCUUUAUUGUAUGGGAUAGUUUCUUGCAAUAAUCCUUUAUCAUUCUCAUGAUUCCUUGGAAUAUCUUUGAAAAAAAUCACUCAUUGUUGUACAAAAUAAAACCAGGUUCUCUCUAA